UUUAGAAGAGAACGGAGAAAAUGAAACAAAUGACAUAGAAGAAGAAACUUGUGAGAGAGUCGAAGAAGAUGUUACGUUAAGGAUAUAACAAUAAAAUUAUUACCUUCAUUGGAAUCCUUCCCUUUCACUUCAUUAUAAUUAUCUUUCUAUCUAUUACAAAAUUAUUACAAACAAAUAAAGUUGAUUUUUCAUAUUCUGGUUUUUGAAUAGACAGACUGUUACUUUCUCAUUUAUAUGUAUUAAUCAAACUUAUGUACCAUAUCUUAUAAUAAUGGAAAUAACAUUGAAUGCAAUUUCUAUUUUCAUUCAACAUACCAUUAUCCACACCAUGCGAUGUUUCUGUUGUUAUGCGUACAUCACUAGCAUCAUGACGUCAUCGAUUGUGUUGCAAUCAAAGGCAGCUUUAUCCAUAUUUGUCAGAAUCAAAGACAGCUAAAUCCAAUAGUUGGUAUCAAACACAGCUAUGUCCAACACAAAUUAUUUAAAAUAGCCCAUAAAUCCCCCUCUUACAAGAUACUUUUGUUGGUACACCUAUUUAUUUUGUACUAGAGCAUCCUGUCAAACAAUCAUGUUUACGGUGUUGCCAAAUAAAAAUAAAAUAACAGUUUUUUUCGAUUUGUGGAAAAUAAUUUCAUAUGGAUUUAGCUGCCUUUGAUACUAUACCCCUCACUUGGUUAAUUAAGUACCUUUAACGACAUUUAGUACCUACCUAUAGGUAAGUUAGGGUACACACAUAAAGUAAGAAUAAACAUUUUAGGUAAAGAAGGUAGAUCUAGUACCGUAGUUUGGGGCAUGGUGGUUUUCCCUGCUAAGCAGAUAUUGACAUUGUGUCACUUAAAAUAAAGUCGCAAAUACUUCGGUCGUAGGUCGGACUUAUCGGAGUUAUUUUCGACUUUAUUUCAAAGACAGCAAUGUUGAUAUUUGCAUGCCUGUAAAACUGUGCUAUCCAUUUUUCGUCUGGUUUGAAUUUACCCUUACAAAAUAAUAUAAAAAGUGUUUUAUUCUUUUAAUCUAAAUUCUCUUACCAACUCUUGCGUCGCCAAACUCACGUGUCGCGAGAACUGAAAAGGAAUGUACCUACAAUAUAUUUUUUUUACAUAAAGGAUACGACAACCUUGUUUUAUUUCAUUUAGUUGGUUUUAAUAUUUUUUCUAUGUUUAUUCAUGGGCCAAAUUUCAUCCAAAUCUGAUAUGCGCUUAAAUAUGCUUGAACUUAAUAAAAAAUUUUAACAAAUAAAAAUACUUUCGUAUUUAUUAUAUAUAAAACAGGUUAUCUUUGAACUGUGAUGUGUGAUAUCUUUGGAUUUGCUUGGAAUAUCAAAAUUAAAUAAACUUGGUAAUCAAAGUGCGUUUUAUUUUCUUAAUCAAUUAUUUGUUGGUUAUAUUUGAAAAAGACUAUUGAUCCUUCAUUAUAAAGUUUUGCGUAGAAGUGUUGCCACGCAAAUAGGUUCCUGAAGAUCGUGGUAAGAUGAACGGGGAAGCCUUUACCUGUUAAUAGAAGAGUAAUGGCUAGAAACAUAAUACAUUGAUAAAGUUAAUAUAAUUCCAUCUUCAUCCGAAGAUAUCACAAUUCAAUGUAAACUACGCUGAUUUUAUAGGGGCAGAUUUAUUAUUAGUUACGACAACUUUUUGUUUAGAUGCUAAAGCAUCUACCUAUAAGUAUUUAAAUGGAUUUUUCAUGUUUUGUUUAAGGAGGAAAGCAUUCAAAAGGAAAGUUUUCGUUUACCAUCCAAAUGUAAAGAAUAUGAAGAAAUUCCAAUUAACCAGCGGCAGCCUAAUUUAAAAAGCGAUGAUACAUCUACAAUUAUAACUUAUGACGACUUGCCACUAGUAAACGAGAAACAUUAUAAAAGCUCUUUCGAGCGAACGACUGAAUUUUCAAAUAUGCAAUUGGACAAUCAAAAACUUUAUGAAGACAUGGACAUUUCUGCAGCAGUUCCUAAUCUUGAAAACCAAAAUGACCUAGAUGAAAUAACUAAAGAUAAAAAUUACUUACCACCGUCGCAUUUAACUCCCGAUUUUGCAGAAAUGAGAAAUGUUACACCUACGAGUUUAUCAAACGAAAAUUUUAAUUGCCAAUACGUAAAUAAUAGUGAUUACUUACCCCAUGCAAAUGAGAAAUUUACGAUACCAUGUGUAGAAGAACACAAUCACUCCAAUUUACAACUCGAUGAAGAUAGAUUUACGGACGACGAAGAAAUUUCAGCUGCAGCAGCAGUUAGUUAUUUGGAAAAUAUUUCUGAAAACCCAAGUUAUCAAUCGAAUGAACUAAGUGAUAAUCAAAUUAUUGAGCCUCCACCUGCAAAAAAGAAACGUGUUAAAGAUUCCAGAGCUAGGCUAAUAAUUAGCAAAGAAGAUCAUCCCAUGGGUAUUGCUUGUUCAGCUAAAUGCACAAGGAAGUGUACAGCAAAUAUUACUGAAGAACAACGGCAAACAAUAUGGGAUAGCUACUGGGAUAUGGAUAUACAAAGAAGAAGAGAUUUUAUUUCGAGAAAUGUAGAAAAUAAUAAAAUUGCUAUACGGUAUUCAAACUCUACCAAAAGAAACCAUACCUAUAUAUACAGAUUACUAAAUCACCGUGUUUGUAAAACUAUGUUCCUGAGGACUUUAGGCUACACUAACGAUCAAGCAGUGCUAGCUGUAUUGAAAGCAAAUUUCAAAUUUUCUAAAACUCCUGAUUCAGCAAAAGCAUCAUCAGCUCCAGAUUUAAGACGUCGACAUAAACCAAAACAUUCUUUUACUGAUGAAUAUAGAGGUAUAAAAGAGAUAGACGACUUUAUCGAACUAUUCCACCCGACUACAUCUCAUUACAGAUUAGAGCAUGCACCCAACCGACGAUAUUUACCCACUGGACUGACACUCUCUCAAAUGUUUCUAUUCCUAAAACACCAUUUGGAAACUAAAAACAAACAGCCAUGUAGCUGGUCUGCAUUUCACAAGAGGAUCAAAAUUAAAAAUAUUUCAACUCAGCAACCCGAACAGGAUAAAUGUCCAAAAUGUGAGGCUCAUGAUGUAGCUCACCCAAAACCUAAGCUGCCCAGAGAUGAAGGCGUCACAGACCAUUUAUGCUCUGAAUGCAAUAGUGAUCUUUGUAUUCAGUAUCCACAGCAUUUGGAUGAUUUCCACCCUUAAAAAAAAAAAAUUAGGUACAAAAUAUGUAUGAGGUAUAAAUAUUUGUGAAACGUUCGUUUUUGUGAUGAGAUCGUUAGUAAGAGAUUUAUAUACCUACCUCUAUUUCUUUGGCACCAAAUGGAUUUGUAAUAUACCUAAGGCACAUUUUAAUUUUUAUUCAUUUUCUGCCUCCAAAUUUUAAAAUUUUAUUUUAUCAGGCUCAUUAAGCUUUCCCCCUUAAAAUCUUUAAGUAAUUAAUACCUACACAUUCAAGCGCGGAAUGUUUCGAAUCGAACAUAAAAGUGAAGCGACGAGUUGCUGUCAAUGUGUGAAACUAUUCAUUUAAAUUACAUGCCGUAAAGGGCAAUAUUGAUCUAUAUUAAACGCACAAUAUAUUAAAAGUACUUUAUUGGAUAAAGCUUAAUGCUAUAUUGCUUAAAAAAAAGCUAUUAUUUCUCGUAAAUAAGUAAAGGUUAAAAAAUGGUUAUUGUGGGUUAUCCCUAAGAGAUAGACAUAUGCCAUCGUGGAAUUUAGUGAUUUCUUUAAUUGCAGACAAAUAUGCGGAAAUCUCGGAUCAACAAAAUAAUGCAGCGAGCCACUGACACUUUUGACAAGUUUUGAACCCUCAAAUGAAGGGCCAAGUAAAUUACAAGAAUAUGAUGAAGUUAUUGAUGCAAGGGUUAUAAAUACAGAAUCUCGGGUAGAUAGUGAUGAUUGGCUAUUAUGCAAGGAAACAAUUCUUGAUUUUAUGGAUUCGGAUGAUUCGGUGAAAGACAAAGAUUACGUUCACGAAGGACUUGAUGAAAGUUUAUAUGCAUCUUCAUCAGAAGAUAUACCACUAUCGAAAAAAAACAAAUAAGAAGAAAAGUAAAAAAGAAGUAUGUAAGCAAACGAAGUUACCAGCAACACAAAGUAUUAUUACUACUGUGGCAGAAAUACAUUUGGUUUCAGAAGAUAAUACAGGUAAUCAGCAAGCGAUUACGCUACGAGAAAAAGUUAACCAAGAUCAAAACAUUAUACCUUUACAAGAAGAACACAUUGAAACGGAAGCGAAUAAAUUAGACGACAAUUUAUUAAAGAAUCGUGAAGAAAAUCAAGAUGUCAUAAAGCAGAAGAUUUUUGUUGUUGAUCCUGAAGGAGUGAUUACAGUACAAGAAAUCGAUAAAAUAAUAUGACACCACCAUUACUAAUAACGACUAUGAAAUGUCACUAACUAAGAAAGGGACAGCUAGAAAACAAUCAAAAGUAAACCAAAAAAAUCUGCAAUUUAAUGUGAAGCCACCAUUUUCUGACAAAUGUUUUAAAAAGUGUAAAUAUCUGAUAUCAGAAGAAAGAAGACAAGAAAUAAAUACGUUUUAUUGGAGUUUAAAUAGACAAUCUCAAAUAUUGAUUUUGGUAGGUUCGACACAAAAAUCUACCUAAACAGAGAACUAUCACAGCGGAAAUUUACUUAUAAGCAUUUUAUUAAAUUUACUGCCGAAGAAGACUCCGAAGACAUUGAAGUAUGCAAGCAUUUUUAUCUUACUACGCUAGGGUAUCAUCCAAAAAAUGAUUACUCCGUUUUAAAACCUAUCGGUGACCCAAAAACGGCGAUUGUUGACAAAAGAAGUAAACAUUCAAAAAAUGAGAAAAAAAAAUUCAAACAAAAUCGAAAUGGAGUUGUUUACUGGAUAGUACAUUUUUCCUCCGCUAGGCUGCGCUUUGUAUUUCUGACUCAUAACCACUGACAUGAACGUAGUAUAUUUCAUGUCAGUGCCCAUAACCAAUGAUUUUGGAGUAAUUACAAAGUUUUAUUUUUUGGUUUCAUUUAAAAAUGUCUCGAUGUGUGAUAGUAGGGUGCAAUGAGAAUGGAAGACAUAAAUUUCCAAGCGAUCCGAAAUUAAAAAAGUUAUGGGAAAAAGCUACAAAAAUAAAAAAAAUCAAAGCUUCAAAGAAUUCCAGGUUAUGCUAUAAACAUUUUAAAGAAUCCGAUUAUCAAGAAAUUUGUGCUACGACAGGUAAAAUUAUCUUAUUUAAGAUGACCCUUUGACCGAAAAGAUAGAAAUCAUAUAUUUUUUAAUUAGUUUUCUAGUAAACAGGUUAUUAUUGCGUGUGUUUGUUGUCACUGAAAUAAUAAGUGAAAUUUAUUUCCAGGACUGCCACCACUUUGUAAACAUUUAAAAAAAGGUGUUGUUCCCUCCAUUUUCCCAUGGACACCUAAACCUUCAACAUCUGCUAUAGAACGACAAAAUCGAUACAUUAAAAGGUCAGCAAAGAAAGAAUUAUUUCCUCCACAGAACCCUAUAGAAACACUUACUGGUAAUUACUCCAUGGAAGAUAGAAAUGGAGUCUCUGAUAAAGAAGAAAAUCUGCCCGAUGUACAAAUGGAAAUUGAAAUUAAAACACAUGAGAUAGGAAACAUGGUUAGCGAUGAACCAGAAAGAUCAAUCAGGCUUGUGAAUUCAUUUACACAAACUCCACGUUUGAAUUUUCUUUUUUCAAACUAUCAGCUUAUGACAGAUGAUGAAACUAUACUAUACUAUACUGGACUGGAAAGCUAUGAGAAGUUUAAGACUGUUUUAUCAACUCUUUUGCCGAUGGCAUACAGUAUUUCUUAUCGUAGGAAUUAUGUUAUGAAUAUGUCUAUUGAAGAUCAGUUUUUACUUAUGUUAAUGAAACUCAGAAGAAACUUAGAUGAUUUUAUUCUAUCAAAACAUUUUGAUAUCAGUAAAUCAGAAGUAGGUAAUGUAUUUGUAACAUGGAUAAAUUUUGUACACCAAUUGUGGUCAAAACUAAAUAUAUGGCCAAGUAGAGAACUCGUUGAUUAUUUUAUGCCAUC